UAUAACCGUCCUUCAGUUGGAGAUUGCCCAGAUUUAUCAAGAGCCCAUAUCUAUUUUCGCAAGUUUUCUAAACAACGCUCCAUGUGUCAAUCAAUUUUCUGCUUACCCAAUAAAAAUCAAACUUCAAUAAAAAAGUAAAAGUCAGAGUACCUCAGGUGCACAGGGGUGUGACAUGUCAGGUAAUACAAUCUAAGCUCUGUCUGUGUGGCACUAACUACAUAAGAGCAUGUUCCCUUGCACACCCAGCAGAACCAAGGAAACAGCAGCAAACUAAAGACAUCCUAUCUCCUUCAGAGUUUUGGUUUGAUUCCACUCUGCACCGCCAGGAUCUCUUCACAGAGCCACGACCACACAUCCAGCCAUGCGGUUCAACGUAAUGUUCAUUCUAAUCCUAGCCUGUCUAUGCGUCACGCUGGCCCAAGGUUCAUAUGAAGACUGCUGUCUGAAGUACGUGCGGAGGGUGACGAAGACUGCUGUGAGGAUGGUGACGAGUUACAGGAGGCAGGAGACGGAUGGGGGCUGCAACAUCCACGCUAUAGUGUUCACCAUGAAGAGAGGCAGGUUGUUCUGUGCUGACCCCAGAGAGAAAUGGGUGAAUGAACUGAUGCUGAAGGUUGAAACCAAGAAGAGUAAAAAGAUGAAGGUGCUAAAGAAGCUGAAAGGCUAGACGCUCUGCCUUCGAGACCGUGUUGUCUAUAACCAUUUACUCUGCCAUCCUGCCGUGACGAGUCCUGUUGUAAAUCAGUACGAUUUUUGAUGAUGUCUGGUCAUUUGAGGGACAUUUUUGCUUUUCUACUGCAGAAGUCAUCUGCUGCUUUAACAGAGAUCUAACUGGUAAUGAUGCAUACUUUCUGCUACUGUGCAGUUCUGCUAUUCCUUUAACAGACACCCAUACCUGUUGAAGCCAGCCCAGCCAUGAGAAUUGGCUGCAUUUUACUGUAUAGCAACCCUGUCGGAACCUGUGUGUGUGUGUGUGCGUGUGUGUGCGCGUGUGUGUGCGUGUGUGUGUGCGUGUGCGUAUGUGAGCGUGUGAGUGUAUGAGCAUGUGUUUGUACAGUUUUUUUGUGUGUAGCAUAAAACCAGUGGUGUAAAAAGUACCCAAUUCUCAUACUUGAGUAAAAGUAAAGAUACCUUAAUAGAAAAUGACUCAAGUAAAAGUGAAAGUCACUCAGUAAAAUACUACUUGAGUAAAAGUCUAAAAGUAUUUGGUUUUAAAUAUACUUAAGUAUCAAAAGUAAAUUUUAAAUAAUAAAAAAUUCCUUAUAUUAAGCAAACGGCACUGUUUUAUUGUUUUAUUUUAUUUAUGGAUAGCCAGGUGCACACUCCAACACUCAAACAUCAUUUACAAGCAAAGCAUGUGUGUUUAGUGAGUCCAUCAGAUCAGAGGCAGUAGGGAUGACCAGGGAUGUUCUCUUGAUAAGGGUGUGAAUUAGACCAUUUUCCUGUCCUGCUAAGCAUUCAAAAUGUACUUUUGGGUGUCAGGGAAGUAAGGAGUAAAAAGUACAUUCUAUUCUUCAGGAAUGUAGUGAAGUUAAACUAAAAGUUGUCAAAAAUAUAAAUAGUAAAGUAAAGUAAAGAUACCCCAAAAAAGUUGUUUUACUUAAGUACUUUACACCACUGCAUAAAAUCUGGUAUUGCAUUUCACUGUAAGGUCUACACCUGUUGUAUUCGGCGCAUGUGACAAAUACAAUUUGAUUUGAUUUGUAUUGAACAUAGCGCCACCAACCAUAGUGCCACCAAGUAUAAGUGCCUACCAUUUUUGAAUGAAAUCUCUUUGUAUUUGUGUAUGUUUUGAUACUGUAGAUUUUUGUCAAAUGUAUAUUUUUUCUCGCUUGUUAUAUUGGUUUUCACUAACAAAUACUAAUAAAGUUGUUUACUGCGUUUCA